AUGUCACACAACAUAUCUGAUACGAAUUUCACUGAAGAAUUUGGCAAAAUACAGUCUAGCAACUUACCUCCAUGGGUGUUCCAUAUCGCAAUACCCGUGUUUUCAGCAGUGGUGUUCCUGGUUGGUGUGAUCGGCAACGGCCUAGUUAUUUUUAUCAUUCUACGAUUUAAGAAAAUGCGGAAAUGUGUCACAAAUAUCUACAUACUGAAUCUUGCUCUGGCGGAUUUUAUAUUUUUCUUGGUUCUGCCUUUCGUGGUAUAUUUCAACGCUUCAGUGAACUGGAUAUUCGGGAAAGUGAUGUGCAAGCUCACGAUGGGUCUUGAUGGAAUGAAUAUGUUUACGGGGAUUUUUACCUUAACAGCAAUGGCUGUAGACAGACAUGAAUCUAUUAUACAUGCAGCGGACACAAGGUCUUAUCGUCGGAUUCUCGGAGCAAAAUGCAUAUGUAUCGGACUGUGGGUGUUGUCUCUGUUGGUCACGCUUCCCCUGUGGUUUUACGCUACAUCGGAAUUGCUACAUAACAGUUUGUCUGUCUGUACCAUCGUAUGUUCAGUUGCAGUGACAUAUUACUUUAUGGCUGCCGCUUUUAUUCUCGGGUUCGUAGCACCACUUAUGAUUAUCUGCGUGUGUUAUGUACGAAUCGUCAGAUUCCUUCGCUGCAAGCAGAAAUCGUUACGUCAAACAGCAAUCAAAAUUGGCAGGAUUUCCACUUUGGUUGUCGUCACAAUAUGCGUAUUUGUAUUUUCGUGGACAUCGUUCUGGCUUGUGCGCAUCGUAUUGUUAGCUGCACCGAAUGGACCACCGUCGAAAUCGAUGGAGGUAGCAUACUAUUGUAGUCUAUGUGUAACCUUUCUAAACGGAUGUCUUGAUCCCUUCAUAUACGCAUGUUUUAAAAACGAUAUAAGUCAGAAAUUGUCAAGAAUGUGUUCUUGUCAGAAACACAUGACAAGAUGA